AGACCCGCUGCCUCCCUUCACCUUUGAGAGAAACAGUCUUGAUGAGUUGGAGUUCAGGAUGAACCUGACGAAACCCACUGGCUGUCUUCAGUACAAGCUGCCUCUGUAUGAGGGAGAGGAUCCUGGCAUGUUCCUCACAUGGUGGNGGCAUGUCAUCUACAUCCAUUUCCUGCCUGGGAAGAAGUUUGCCAUUGCCUACUUCAGGGGCAAAAUGAACUAUGAGUACUACCAGAUGAUGAUGCUCAUGGGCCGCACCCUGAGACCUAGCCCAGAUGCUGGGAGGAUCUUCAAGGAGUUUGUGAUGAGUAAAAUGCCCAGAACUGGAAGGAUCAUUACCCCUCCCCAUGCUGGUAGGAGGGAAUUUCUUCGUUCCCCCUUUCUCCUCUCUCCUCACUCAGGCUUGUGCUCUGGCUAUUUCUCCCAUACACGAGCAACCUCGUGAACAGCAUCAUAUAUCAUAGCUCAUCUAAGUUUGCUCUGCUUUUUGUCCCUCCACAGAAGCCUGUGCGUUUGUCCGAGAUUCCUAGUGCACUGGGGAGUGCUGCAGAAUCCAUGCAGAAAGUGGGAGCUGGGACCCUGGCUGACCUGCAUGUAGAUUCUCAGUGUCAAAGAGCACAGAACCCAACACCUACUCCUCCCCCAAUAAGUCUGCAUUCAUUAAAUUUGGUGGAUAUUCCUCA